UUGCUUGGUGGAAACUAUCGAAGCAGAAUGGGUGGGGGAUUAGUAUACAAUCGACGAGAAUCAACGUUAUCGGAGGCUCGUGAGUCUUAAAAAUUCAAAUUCCUGUCGAGCACCUUGUGUUCGCUCAUCAGCACCCCACAACUGUCGUUCCCCAUAUCGCCAAGAGCAUCCCGGGAUCGAAAUAUUCAGAAUCAUUAUGGCGUUGACGGCGGCCCUUGCUCUCGCGGCGCUGCUGCCGGCCGCGGCCGGCGAGACGGUCCUCGGCGUCUACAUUUUUCAUCGGCACGGUGACCGAACGGCCAAGGAGUGGCCGCCGACGGCGCUGACAGCCCUGGGAACGGAGCAGGUGCUCAGUUCCGGUACCUACUACCGUAACCGCUACAUCGGGGCAAAUGCCAGCUCUCCGAUCGCCGGCGUCAGCCACGACCUAGCCGUGCUGUCGCAGUUGAGCGUGAGCGCGCCCGUCGACUCGGUGCUUCAGAACUCGGCCCAGGCCUUUCUGCAGGGCCUGUACCCGCCGGCCGGCUCCGUCGCGACGCAGAAGCUCGCCAACGGCACGGACACCAACCCUCCCCUCGGCGGAUAUCAGUACAUUCCCGUCAACGCCGUGACAAGCGCUGCGAGUGGUUCCAGUUCCGAGAACAGCGUGUGGCUCCAGGGCACGUCUGGGUGUGGGAACGCUAUGAUCAGCAGCAAUGAGUACUACACCAGCACCGAGUACCUGGAUACGCUGGCUAGCACGGCCGAUUUCUACAAGAGCCUCGAGCCUGUCAUCAACGGCACCUUCACCGAGGCACAGGCCAGCUUCAAAAACGCCUAUGCGAUCUACGACCUGAUUCACGUUGCUACAAUCCACAACAGCACCAUCCCCUCAUCCUCGCUCCUCACCCCUGAGACGCUGCACCAGCUCCAGACGCGCGCCGACCAGCACGAGUGGGGGCUGGCCUACAACAGCAGCUCGCCCAUCCGCGCGGUCUCGGGCGCCGUGCUCGCCGCGCAGAUCGUGCAGUCGCUGAACAGCACGCUCCAGACGGCCUCGGCCGCCAGCGGCCUGAAGCUGGGCAUCCAGUUCGGCGCCUACGGCACGUUCAUGUCCUUCUUCGGGCUCGCGCAGCUGCCGGCCGUGAGCGCCGACUUCACCGGCAUGGUCGACUACGCGUCCUCGUUCGCGGUCGAGCUCGUGACCAACUCGACGGCCGCGCGCCCCGCGGCCGCCGACGUCGCCGUGCGCUUCCUCUUCUCCAACGGCAGCGCCGGCCUCAACGCCGCCGGCCUGCAGCCCUUCCCGCUGUUCGGCCGGCGCGAGACCCUGCUGCCCUGGGACACCUUCGCCUCCGAGAUGGGCAAGUUCGCCAUCGGCGACACGGGCGCGUGGUGCCGCGCGUGCGGCAACACCACGGGCGUGUGCGCGGACUACGCGGCCGGCGCGGCCGGCGCCGCUGGGGGAGACGCGGGCAACGGCGGCGGCGACGGCGGGGUUUCGAGGCCCGUGGCCGGGGUCAUCGGCGCCGUGGUUACGCUCGUCGUCGUCCUGGCGCUGGAGGGCCUGCUCAUGGCCGUCGCUGGCCUGCGGCUAACCAAGAAGAAGGCAGCCUUCAGCACGGAAGCCCAGGCGGACAAGUUGUCUACGUCCAGUAAGUAAGGUAGACACCGGAAUGGCCAUGGAAGUUGCUGUUCGCAUUCAGUCUAGCUCAGGUUGUCUCCGUAUUGAGUCAUCUGGUUCUCUCUGAUGCGCAACACCCUUAGUGACUAGUAGACGGCGACGGAGUCGGCCGAGGCAGAAACCUGCACUGUGGUAUUAGUGUUUCAGGUCAUGUAGAGACCGCAAGACUCUGUACCUUUGUUAGCGCCAGACUUGACAGGAGAAUUACCCGUGGUUUCCUUCCGCAUGCUGGC